AUGGAGUACCCAGUCGGAGUGCCAUCCAGCACCCCUCCCAGGAACUCCAAGAAGGCCAGAAGAAGAAAGGUGGAGAUAGGCAUUAUCACAGGGUGCACUAUCUCAGUGACUCUCUUCACCUUGGCCAUGAAUAUGCUCAUCAAGGCUGCCGAGCCGGAGUGCAGAGGGCCCCGAAUGAAAUCCGGACAACGACAGCCACUCAUCAGGGCUUUCAUGGACGACCUUACAGUCACCACGGAAUCCAUUGCAGGCUGCAGGUGGAUUCUAAAGGGACUUGAGAAGCAGGUGGAGUGGGCCCGGAUGCAUUUCAAACCUGCCAAGUCUAGAUCCAUGGUGCUGAGGAAAGGAAAGGUAGAGGACAAGUUCAGGUUUUACAUCGCAGGCACAGCCAUUCCAACGAUCACUGAGAAGCCAAUCAAGACCUUGGGCAAGGUAUUUGACAGCUCUCUGAAAGACAGAGCAUCCAUCCAGUCAACCUGCUCUGAGCUGGAUGGCUGGCUGAAGUCUGUGGACAAGUCCGGCCUACCUGGAAAAUUCAAAGCCUGGGUCUACCAGCACGGCAUUCUACCCAGGAUCUUGUGGCCCCUCCUUGUCUAUGCCGUCCCGAUCUCCACAGUAGAGACCCUAGAGAGGAAGGUUAGCAGCCACCUUCGGAGAUGGCUAGGACUACCAAAGAGCCUGAGCAGCAUUGCUCUUUAUGGGAACAACAACAAACUGCAGCUGCCCUUCAAAUCUUUGGAGGAGGAAUUCAAGGUGACGAGAGCCAGAGAAGUGAUGCAAUACAGGGACUCAAGCGAUCCGAAGGUGGCCAACGCUGGAAUAUGCGUGAGGACUGGUAGGAAGUGGAGGGCAGAGAAUGCCGUCUUAGAGGCAGAGGCAAGGUUGCAUCAUAGGGGCCUUGUGGGAGUGGUCACACGGGGACGUGCAGGGCUGGGAUCCUUUCCAACUCCUGAGUUAAACACCAGAGGAAAGGCGAGGAGGCACCUCAUACAGGAGGAGGUUAGAGCCACAGUGGAGGAGUCAAGAACAUGCAGGGCAGUGGGGAUGAAACAGCAGGGUGCGUGGACAAGAUGGGAGAAUGUGGUUGAGAGGAAAGUGACCUGGGCUGAAAUCUGGAAAGCCGAGCCUCACCGCAUUAAAUUCCUAAUCCAGGCAGUUUAUGAUGUGCUUCCAAGUCCAUCGAACUUGCACUCAUGGGGCCUGGCAGAGUCACCAGAUUGUCCUAUGUGUUCUAAGAAAGGAACCCUAGAACACAUCCUCAGCUGCUGCUCUAUGGCACUUGGAGAAGGGCGGUACCGGUGGAGGCAUGACCAAGUCCUGAAAACCAUCGCUGAAGCCAUCAGCACUGGAAUUGAGCGGGCAAAACGGUCCCGUCCCUCCAAGAAAACUAUCACCUUUGUCAGAGCUGGGGAGCAGGCAAUCCCGGCUAGAAGACCACCAGCUGGCAUCCUGACCACCGCAAGAGACUGGCAGCUGCUGGUGGACCUCGAGCGGCAGCUGAAGUUCCCCAGACAUAUAGCUGCCACCACCCUACGCCCAGACAUCGUCAUACUAUCAGAGGCCACCAAGCAAGCCGUGCUGCUGGAGCUGACAGUCCCGUGGGAAGAUCGGAUAGAAGAAGCCUUUGAGAGGAAGCUCUCGAAGUACACAGGACUGAUCAGUGACUGUCAACAGGCUGGUUGGAAGGCAAGGUGCUUCCCAGUGGAGGUGGGAUGCAGGGGUUUUGCGGCUCAAUCCUUGGCCAGAGCCUUCAGUAACCUGGGCAUCGAGGGAGAGAGUAGGAGGAGAGCCAUCCGCAAUGCCACCGAAGCGGCAGAGAGAGCCUCAAGAUGGCUGUGGCUCAAGAGAGGAAAACCAUGGAGCCAUGGUAGCUAGUUGCCAUCUGGACACAAGCCGGGGUCUGAUCAGCCCUGGCUGGGUCACCUGGAUGAGGGUGUAUGAUGUUGAAAGACCCGAAACACCCAGUGAUUCCAGGAACAUCACUGAAGAUGUGUCCAGAGGCAUCAGUAGA